UUCUGUUACUCGACCGGUGAACAACGCGGCGCGCUUGCGUCUCUGCCUCUGCCUCUGCCUCUGUCCAUUGCACUGCAUCGCACGGCUGUCCGUGCCAUUCGAAAGUGUCGUCGUCUCGUCUGGCGGUGUUUCGUCUCUCGUGCAGCGAAGCGAUCUUCCAAUCUUCCAAUUGUGGUGACGUCAAAAGUGUAUCAGCAAUUGCAUUCGGAACUUGAAGAACAAAUCGUCGCGAACAUGCAUUGCAGUUGGAAUUGUAACUGGAGCUGGACUCUGGUCUGGAUGUCGGUCCUGAUGCUGGCGCUGGUCGUGCAGGUACGGUCCGAGGAGUGCGGCCAGGAGGAGUUCACCAAGUGCGCCGAACCACUCGAAAUGCUGCAUUUAACGCCAGAGUUCUCGAUUGGCCCCGCCAAGAAGGAGGAACUGGACAAACUUUGCCACGAGCUACGCAAGGGAGUGCGGUGCAUCCAGAGUUACACGCGACGCUGCAUGGAUCUGCAGCAGAGGAACCAGUUCAACAAGCUCUACCACGGCACCAACCAGUUUAUCCGCGAUCUGUGCAACAAGGGAGAGUUCCAGGAGGAGUACCUAAAGCAUGUGCCCUGCUCGGAGAUGGCCAAGAAGGAGUUCGAGGUGUGCGCCACUCGCUAUAAGGAAACAAUGGUCUUUCUGAAGCCCAACAAGAAUCAGGAGAAUCCAGAAAACGGCACUCUCAACGAGAACAUCAAAACCAUUUGCUGCUCCAUCAAUGAGCUCGUGGACUGCUCGGAGAUGGCGGCCCGAAGAAUCUGUGGCAAUGAGGCGGCCAAGUUUACGCGGGAGUUGGUCGAUAAAUAUGCCAACAGUUUGACCAAGACCUAUUGCGAGGACUUUACCCGUAAUCCGGGCAUCUGUCGCGACGAAGCGCGCAAUGGUGCUCCUGGGGUCCUACAGCAGACCAGUCUGGUCCUUCUAAUGACAAUGACGUUGGUGCCCCUGCUGGUCAGCAGCAGCCGAAGCAGCAGAUAAAUACUUGGCCACAACUACAGUUAAGUUCAAAAUUCUAGAACCAGUUUACACACACAGGAAAAACAGCAAAAGGAGAGCUAAAUAGUUAAGGUUUCCCCCCAAGCACACGCACACGAACACGCACACACACACAAGACACACAGCAAGAAUUCCACACCCGGUUACAUACUUUUGGGAGUCAAUUUAGGCCACAGUGCAGGCAAAACUUGAACUACAGCGUAAAAUUAGCUAAAUGAUAAGUAUGUUAUGUAUACCAGUAUACUAUAUAGAUAUAUGGAUAUAUCGGAGAAGAGGAUAGGAGGAUAGGAGGAGAUUAUAGCUAAGGUCGUCCUAUGUUAUAGGGGUCGUGGGCCUCUAGUUAAAGGGUAUAGGUUAGCUGUAGUUAGUCCCAGUGUUGAGUGUGCCGCAAAAAGUGUUGCUUGUUACGGGCCCCACUACCACUACCGCACUCACUACUUUCCCACACUUUGUCGAUCGUGCAAUAUAUAGAGUUGAGUUUCGUUGAGUUUGUUUAAGUCUUUAAGUGUUGGAAAUAAUUUAGUUUCUAAGUUAGUAAGUUCCUUAAAAGUUCCCCACUCUUCCAUACCCACUCCCCUGCAAACGCAAAGAAUGUAGUUAUUCUACCCCCACGGAAUCCAGCAAACAAAUGUGCAUUUCUUAGAAUGAAAAUUCUACUAUUUUGUAGAUUCUUGAUAGACCUCACUAGUGGUUAGCGAUUAUUUAUUUCACACAGUGUAAAUACCUUCGGCGUACACAAAAAUUGAUAAAGUUAUUGAUAAAAGCAUAUGGAAAUACCUACAAUAUAAAUAAAUAAAUAUUAGUUUAACUUGAACACA